UGAUCGGUUUUCCAGUGUUGAUGAAGUAGCGUGGUGGUGGCGACAUGCGAGGCAGAGAGGAGGACCUGACACAAAUGCUAGUAUGAGCCAUGGAAGGGAUGAGGGGAUAUUCCUGAAUGAAGGAAUCUUCAGGCUCACGAGGACUUCUGGAUAGCUGCCGAAACCAACUUUAUAGGAGUUGAUAAUACAAGCAGCAGUGAAGGCUCUCUCCAUUAGAUUAGUCCAUGUCUGACUCAGACCUCAUGAGCAGGGAAUGCCGAUCUCCUACGGGCCCCAGGAUGGAGCUGCUGAGCCCCUCCAAGGUGAAGGACCGUUCACAGAACGUCACAGAGAAGGUCACACAGGUUCUGUCCUUGGAGUCUGAUGUGCUGCCGGAGUAUAAACUCGAAGUUCCAGAAACAACAUGGUGGAUCCUGCUUCACUACAGUCCUUUCAAGGCCUUCUGGGACUGGAUCAUUCUCCUCCUGGUUCUUUACACGGCCGUUUUUACUCCGUACUCGGCGGCGUUCCUCUUGGACGAGCACAGUGAUGUGCGCCAGAGGAGGUGCGGCUACACGUGUAACCCUUUGAACGUGGCUGACCUGUUGGUGGACGUACUGUUCAUUGUGGAUAUCGUCAUCAAUCUACGCACCACCUACGUGGACCACAACGACGAGGUGGUGACGCAGCCCAGCCGCAUCGCCAAGCAUUACAUCAAAGGGUGGUUCCCCAUUGAUCUGUUUGCCGCCGUCCCCUUCGACCUGCUCAUUUUUAGAUCCGGUUCCGAUGAGAUGGCCACCUUAACAAGUCUGCUCAAAACAGCUCGCUUGCUACGUUUAGUCCGCGUGGCGAGAAAGCUAGACCGGUACUCCGAGUACGGCGCUGCCGUCCUUUUCCUUCUCAUGUGCACUUUUGUCCUCAUCGCCCACUGGCUCGCCUGCAUCUGGUACGCCAUCGGCUUCGUGGAGAGGCCGUACACAGAGACCGGUUGGCUGGACAACUUGGCUGAACAACUGGGCAAGACGUAUAACGACAAUGACUCCAGUUCGGGACCGUCGGUCAAGGACAAAUACGUGACUGCGCUGUACUUCACCUUGAGCAGUUUGACAAGCGUCGGCUUUGGAAAUGUUUCUCCGAACACCAACUCUGAGAAGAUCUUCUCCAUCUGUGUCAUGGUCAUUGGUUCGCUCAUGUAUGCAAGCAUAUUUGGGAAUGUGUCCGCCAUCAUCCAGCGGCUGUACUCCGGUACGACGCGCUACCACACUCAGAUGCUACGAGUCAAAGAGUUCAUCCGAUUCCACCAAAUCCCCUUCAGCCUGCGCCAACGCUUGGAGGAAUACUUCCAGCACGCGUGGUCCUACACAAACGGCAUUGACAUGAACGCUGUGUUGAAGGGAUUCCCGGAGUCCCUGCAAGCUGAUAUCUGUUUGCACUUGAACAGAUCUCUGCUGCAGACUUGCAAGGCGUUUCGUGGAGGAAGUCAAGCUUGUCUUCGGGCUUUGGCGAUGAGGUUCAAGACGGUCCACGCCCCUCCGGGUGAUAGCCUCAUCCACUACGGCGACAUCCUGGACUCGCUCUUCUUCAUCUCACGUGGUUCCAUCCAGGUCAUAAGGGAGGAUGUGGUGGUCGCCAUACUAGAGAAGAAUGACAUCUUUGGCGAGUUGAUCCAGCUUUACGACGAACCGGGGAAGUCCAAUUCGGAUGUACACACCAUCACUUACUGCGACCUGCACCGCAUAAUGAGGGAGGACCUGUUGGAGGUUCUGGAUAUGUACCCGGGUUUCGCUGACAACUUCUGGCGGAACUUGGAGUUAACCUUUGACCUGAGAGAUACAGAGCAACCACCGCCGAUAUUAACGGAUGAGUCUGGCGACGACUGCGAUUACCACCACAAGUCGAGACACAGAAUACAUCUGGACUGCAGAAUCAGGCCAGACGGAAUGGAUCAUGAGGACUCCCACCCAACCUGCCGCCAUCGUCACUCCCCUCCUCAAACCCACUGGGAAGACCAGUGUAGCUGCGCUUCCCUGUGUUCCCACUCCAGUGAGGAUUUGACAAAACCCGUCGCUCAGGGCGCCGAAUUAGAAGAGGCCAGACGGGACUACGCCACUCCCGCUGAAAUCCAGCCGCAACCACCGAGCGGCGCCGCCAUGAACCGAAGUCGUCCAGCUUUAAAUGUGCCGGGGAUGUUUGGCUACUGGACGGCAGAGCAACAGCCUCAACAGUACGCCACUCGGGCCUGGAGGUCGUCUUCGGUUCGGAAUUCACAUCGCCUGCCAACUUUCAUAGAAGAGCGACCCAGCGAGCUUGAAUCUCGACUUGAAGUUUUACAUUCGCAGCUUAACAGAUUGGAGACGCGCAUGACGGCCGACAUCAACGUCAUCCUCCAACUCCUCCAAAGGCAGAUUGCUCCCGUUCCUCCUGCUUAUAGCGUCGUGUCUUCCCGAAACCAUCCGACUGACUCGACGGGUCUGUAUGGAAGCGGGUCACCUGUGCUGCACAGCAUGUACCCAAUUGCCUCCAUGCAGAUAGACAGCCGAGCAGCCAUUCAGCACUCCGCCCACUCGGACCUGAACUUUACCAAGAAGUCCCAAGAGUCGCUAUCCAGCGGGAUCCAAAUGACCCCAGAGACAGAAACUCACCCAGGCAUGAACCCUCAUGUCGAAAACCCUCGGACGUGCUCCACCCUGCGUUACCCGUCGCUGCCCAACAACCUCGACGUCACCUCAGGGGUAUCGGACAUCCAGAAACACCUCUCAGACCCGGUACUUCCUGUCCUGUAACAGAAGUACUGGCAUUCAUGAAGUAAAGACUGGUUAAUGUGGAUACGGAUGUGAUCCCUCUUUGGUGACCCUUGAGCAAUAAUCACUGAAACAAAACAUCUUUGUCAUUUCAAAU